CUCGGACAUGACACCUCACCACCACACCGGAUUAUCGCAACGUUGCCCCCAGCCGAAGCAUACAUGGUCAUCGGUUUUGCCAAUCAUUGUUCGACCGCUUCAGCGAGGACCAUUGUCGCGGAACUAAACGGGAGUGCUGAGGAUUGGAGCAACUGAACGCACUCGAAUCCCAAUUUCCGGUCGAGAGUCGCACAGCGAAACCUUGAAAACGCCACAUUGGAACUGCGGCACUUUAACAAUGUCAUCGACGACCCCAAUACCCGCGACGAUGAGGGCCUGGCAGUACUCGAGCGCCACGGGUGGCAUUGAAAGGAACCUCGCCCUCCAUGAUUCGGUCCCGCUGCCGAGGCUACUAGGGGACUCGGAGCUCCUCAUCAAAGUCGUCGCGGCAAGCAUCAACCCGGCCGACUACAAAGUUCCCGAGUUGGGCAUCAUCGCUCGCGCCGUUAUUCGCACCCCCGCAACGCCUGGCAUGGACUUUUGCGGGCGCGUCGUGCAGACCGCGAGGACCGUCGAUGAAUUCGCCAUCGGAGACCUGGUCUUUGGCCGCCUCGACCCGCAGCAGCACGGCACCCUGGGCGAAUAUAUCGUCGCUCCAACCAAGGCGUGCGCUCACGUGCCUGACGGAGUGACCCCGGAUGAGGCCGCGGCCGUGGGAGUGGCGGGCAUCACCGAGUAUCAAUGUAUUGCCCCUAACGUCGAAGCGGGCUACAAGAUUCUGAUCAACGGCGGCUCGGGCGGCACGGGCACGUUCGGCAUCCAGAUCGCCAAAGCCCUCGGCUGCCACGUCACAACGACAUGCUCCCCCACCAAGGCCGACCUCUGCCGCUCGCUCGGAGCCGACGAGAUCAUUGACUACACUAUGACCGACGUGUCCCGGGCCCUCAAGGCCAAGGGGCAGGUCUUCUCCCUCGUUGUCGACAACGCAGGCGUGCCCGAAGACCUCUAUAAGGCCGCCGACGACUUCCUCUUGCCGGACGGCAGGUUUGUCCAGGUCGGGGGGCCGAUGAGCCUGAACGCGCUCAAGACGGUCACGUCGAGGCUGCUGCGGCCCGCCUUUCUGGGCGGUGGCAAGCGCAAGUACCAGAUGUAUAGCAUGGGGUACAGCCAGGCCGACUUGAAGCAGUUGGGCCAAUGGAUUGCCGUGAAGAAGAUCAGGGUCGUUAUUGAGGAGACGUACGAGUUUGCGGAUGUGCCGAGAGCGUUUGAGAAACUGAAGACGGGGAGGAAUGCUGGCAAGUUGGUCGUUCACGUUGGGAAGUGAGGCGUCGGGGUCGAAGGCUAAGCUGUACGCUGUGAAGGGAUAUCGCAUGCACAGUCCAACAUCCCGGAAAGCUUCAAAGAUUAUUAUUCCUACACCGCUGUGCCCUAGGGCGUGCCGGACCUUCAACAACUUACUAUACAGGAAAACCGCGCCCUCGUGGGCCGGGUGAAAAACCUAUAUCGACAAUCAAGGAAACGAUCAGUGUAUGAUCCUGCAAAUACAAAGUGAGAAGGCCUCUUGGCCCUUCAAAGAUUA